AUGGCUUAUAAAUUAGCAGCUCAGCAGCAAAAUAAAACAACACCAUUGGUUCUUUUAUCCAUUCUAUAUGAGGAAUGUAUUAAAAAUGGGACAAAAUUUAUGCUCAGUGAAAAUAAAAGUAGAAGUUCCGGAAGUAAGGAAGGUGAUACUGAUUUUGGUGCUGUGAUGUAUAUCAUUUCAGUGUUGGUGUUUUAUUCAUUAGGAAUUGUUGUUAUGAUUAUUAAAUAUUUGCGAACUGAAAAAGAAGAAAUGGAAGAAGAGGCAGCUUUGGAAACGUUCUUUAAGGGAAUGCCAAGUAGACAGAAAGCUCAUGAAAGUGAAGUCAAUCAAGUUGCUAUUCAAGCUUUCCAUACAUUAACAUCAACGACAGUGGAUGGCGAGGAAAAGGUAGUGAUUCAAAAAGUCACAAGAAUCCAACAGACACCUCGUCUUUAUCGACAAGUUUUAGUGACAGAUCUUUGAUAGAAAGUCUUGCUAGCAAGCAACAUCUGUGAUCACAUUUUUUUUUAAAAAGAUUAUCCAAAAAUGUUUACUGUUUCUGAUGUAAUGUUCUUAGACUUGGAGUUACAUGUAUAUACAAAAUAUAAUAAAUCAUCGAACUACAUUUAGUCAAUAACAGUUGGAAUGUUUUAAAUGUAAAUAACGUAUUUUAUGCCAUGUAUUUAACAAACUUAUAAAUAAUAAUUUCCAAAGUGUUAUUCACUCAUGGAUUGACGACAAAAUAUGGAUUUCCAUAACCAGACAUGCUGAUUGUUUUUCUCUUUCAAUUAAAAUGUGAUUUAUAAAGAUCAUGAAUCAGUUGUUAAUCAGAAAUCAAUAAUUGGAGUAGAAUAGUUAUCAUUCUAAUACGGUUAUACAGAGUAUGAAACUGUCGUUAUAUAUAAUCAAUAGAUAUAUUUUCAUUUAUUCUCUGAGCAUAAUGGAAUUCGACUGGAUGCGUUAUUCCCAUGGUAGAAUACCUUCUGAAAUUAAAUUUAUUUUUUAUAUGCAAUCCUGAUAUAAUUAUUCGCUAGCCUAUAUUAUAUGGUGACAAUAAACCGAUAUAUUUAUUUUAUUCCAUACAUUUCACUGUUUAAAAUUAUUUAUGGAUUAUGAAACAAAUGGUUUAUAUUUGAAAGGAAACCAAUAAUCAUUACAGUUUUAUAGCAA